CUUGAGCGUCCCGUGGUCUUCAUUGUGUUUUUUACUACCUUCCUCUUCGUCUCUGGCUUCCUGCACACGCGGGAGCCCUUCGUAUCGAGGUGCACCAGCGCUGCAUCAGGAAACACAGCCCCGUGCCUGGUCGGCCAGCAGAUACAUCAAAGCCGUCGAAGACGAAACGGUUGGUGACAAGCGACCGAGUGAAAAUGGGUUCGCGGCAAUGCAGCGCGCAUUGGCAGAAACCGAACCAGAAACGCAAAGCAGGGGAAGGGAGCAAUGACCGUCCGACAAGGUGGUUUGACUGGCUGGCCGAGCACCAGCGACGUCGAUGGCUUGACGGGGUCGACCGAGAAGAAACAGAAAAAGGAGGCGUCAAAAGGACUGGAAGAGACUGUUCGAGGGCCAGAAUUGCGGCGAAUCCUUGUCACCGGCGGUCAGCGAACCGCUAUUUGACAGCCCUAGGCGCUAACCGAGGGGCGCCAACUGCCAGUUAUAGACGCUGUAGGGGUCAAGUUAGAGAUGGUUUCAGACCGACUGCCGCCUAUUGUGCCCUAGUCCAGGCCUAAAGUAGUUGGUAUCCCGGCGGUGGCUGGUAACCAACGGCCAGCUACUAGCAGUAGGUACAGUAGCACACAGAGUAGCAACGCUUUAGUGGGUUGGUUUACAGUAACAAUCUACACCAUGUUCCCAACCUAGAUUCCUUUACCCAGGUACCUUACAACAGUGGUACCAUUCCAAUAAUGCCGUUGGUAGAGUCGAGUCGAGUCGAGUCAAUAUUGGGCAUGGCAUCUGAUCCAUUGUGAAACACGUGGCUUGACCAGAACUCCAUCAUUGAUCCCAGCAGCAGAACAUCUAGAAAGGGAUCGUUCCUGUGUUCCAGGCUUCAUUGGCACCCGUCGCCUCUCACCCAAACACUUAUCAAACACUCACCGCUACAGCAUCUUUUACACUUCCAGACAUGCCACCCUGCGCCAGACAUGCAGUGUCACAGUACGUCCAGGCUUCACGUUCCAGAAAUGCUUCAGUCGGCUUUCUUCCCCCCUCGCUUCAAGUUUCACUGCAGUAGUGGCAGCCGCCCGACUGGAGUCGACCAGGGUAACCACUGCCAAGUUGGCUACCUAGAGUUAGGGGCCGUCGAUCGCCACUUCGACCGCCGGCUGGCAUCCAUUGGCAUCCGGCAAAAGAAUCGAAACGAUGUCCAAUUCUGUUCAUAAAUUCUUUGUACAAUGAUGUGGUGCGGUGUACACGUAGUAAUGGAUGGCCAUUCUCCCUACGCGCGGGGACCAGGGGAUUACAAUGUCGUAUUACCCUCUAAUAAUAUCACAAAAUACCUCUACCUAGGUAGAAGAUAGAGCCUCGUGGCGGG